AAGUGCAUAAAGCAUUAUAAAUAUUCAUGUAUUCUGUUCUACGUUCCAAAAACACAAAACAGCUUCAGAAGUGUACACUUCAAUACAAACACAAAAUUCACCCCUCAUAAAAAAUGGAUUUCAGUAGCAAUGAGAGUGAAGAAAGUGAAUUGUAUCAUGCUCAAAUCCAUUUAUACAAACACUUAUACAGUUUUAUAAGCUCUGCUGCUCUCAAAUCUGCUGUGGAACUUGGCAUAGCAGAUGCAAUCCACAACCAUGGAAAACCAAUGACUCUUAAUGAAUUAGCUUCAUCUUUGAAACUUCACCCUUCUAAAGUUAAUAUUCUCUAUCGUUUCUUACGUCUUUUAACACACAAUGGUUUUUUUGUAAAAACAACAGUGAUGAAAGGGGAAGAAGAAGAAACAGCAUAUUCUCUUACACCUCCUUCAAAGCUUCUCAUUAGUGGCAAACAAACAUGUUUAUCAUCAAUGGUUAAGGGAACACUUCAACCAAUGCCUCUUGACAUGUGGCACUCUUCCAACAAAUGGUUCAAUGAGGAAAAGGAACAAACCCUGUUUGAGAGUGCAACAGGGGAGAACUUUUGGAACUUUCUGAACAAAGAUUCUGAAUCUGAUAAACUGAAUAUGUUUCAAGAUGCUAUGGCAGCUGAUUCUCAAAUUUUUAAGAUUGCACUCAAAGACUGUAAGCAUGUUUUUGAGGGUGUAGAGUCUCUUGUUGAUGUUGGAGGUGGAACUGGUGCUGUCACAAAACUCAUCAAUGAAGCUUUUCCUAACAUCAAAUGCACUGUUUUUGACCAACCACAAGUUGUGGGUAACUUAACUGGAACUCAAAAUUUAAACUUUGUUGGUGGAGAUAUGUUCAAGUCUAUUCCUCCAGCCGACGCUGUUUUACUUAAGUGGGUUUUGCAUGAUUGGGAUGAUGAACAAUCCUUAAAGAUAUUGAAGAAUAGCAAAGAAGCUAUUUCUGGAAAAGGGAAAGGAGGAAAGGUGAUUAUCAUUGACAUAUCAAUUGAUGAAAUAAGUGACAAUCGCAUAAUUACUGAGUUGCAAUUGGACUUUGACUUCAUGAUGAUGACUUUAUUCAAUGGAAAAGAAAGAGAGAAGAAAGAAUGGGAGAAACUCAUUUUCAACGCUGGCUUUAGCAGCUACAAGAUCACCCCUAUAUGCAGCUUCAAGUCUCUCAUUGAAGUUUAUCCUUGAUCUUAGUUAGAAGUUGUUUAACAUAAGUUAUGUUUCAAAUUUGAUUAGAUUAUGUUCAAGAGUAAUAAAAUAAGGUGAGAUUUAGGUUAUCUUUUAAAAAAACGCAUUCCACUUAAUUUUUGUAUUCCACUUAUAAAUUUACACAAAUCACAUUUUUAUUUAA